AUGAAAUUAACACAAUAUAGUAACGAACAAAACUAUAGUUUAGAAAAAAAUAUAAAACUUAAACAAAAAACAAAAACCAACACUAACAAUAAACUUAAUAGUGUAUAUAGCUAUUUUAUACACCCCUACUUAAUAAGCAGAAAAAAUAAACCAAAAUCAAACAUAAUUAAAACAAAAGAAACAAAUUUAAAUAAAAUAGAUAAAUUAUUUGAGGGUAGGUACCCAGAAACUAAAGAAACAAUGGACUUGUACAAGUAUUUAAGUAUUUUAAAAUACACACUAAAUACUUAUACUAAUGUAACACUUUACAAUGUAGAUGUUUUAAACAUAGAAAAAAGCGUAAAUAACUUAUGUUAUUCUAGUGAUUCUAAAUUUAAAAAAGGAUUAAUAGCAUUUCCUUUAAGUCUAUAUGAUGUGUCAAAUGUUAACAAUUAUAUAUAUUAUAUACAAAAAUACACCUAUAUAAAUAAUAAUAAAAAUAAUUAUAGAUCUUCUUUUAUAUCUUUAUUUUAUUAUUUUAUAGGAUUAUUUUUAGCUAUAUUUUCACUAUAUUCUUAUAAUAACAUAAAAAUAUUGUAUUCCAAUUUAAUAAUUAUAGUUUCGAAAUUAUCAAGCUUUAUAAUAUUUAAUAAAAUACAUAAAAUUGAGUUAAAAUAUACUAAAAUAGAAAGUAUUAAAUUCAUAAGUAUAAUAAAUAAUUCUUUUUUAUUAGCCUCUACAACAAAAUUAAUAAAGUAUAAUCCUUAUUUAACUGGUCUUACAAGAUACACUAUGUAUACUUCUUGUAUUUUAUCUAAAUUAAGUUUUAGGGAAACAUUAAGAACUUUAAAAAGUGUUAUAACUCAUAAUAAAGUUGAUUGGUGUGUAGAUAUUAAAUCUAAUUUAAUAACAUCUAAUUUUAUACCUGUAGGGUCCGGAUGGUAUAGAUAUUUUCAAAAUAAAACUCAUAAUGAUUUUAAAUUUUAA